AUGAACUUAAUUGUAAUCAUCUGUCUAAUUGCACUUGUUGAAUCUCGGAAAUUGACGACCGAAGAGAAUGAGAAACGUCUCGAAGUAUGUGGAUUGACUGGGAAACCAAAAGUGUUCAAUGGGAGGCCGACGAAAAGCAGCGAAGCGCCAUGGUCCGUCAUGGUUAUGACCAAAAAAGGAGAUGAGGAAGGUGGAUUUUGUACGGGAACGAUUCUAUCGCCAAGACAUAUUUUAUCAGCGACACAUUGUGCUGCAACUGGAGAUGAGAACGAAUGGACGCAUACAGAUGUGAAGUUUCCGUCGCCGAAGGAGAAAUGUGGAGAGCAUGACAACCUCAUCGUAACAGAAGUGGCAGCCAGCAGAGUUCAUGUGAGUAGCAGAAAUUUGACUCUAUUGGGAAGAGCCAAAUAUCUGCACAUGUUCCAAUUCUGUCGUGUAGUCAAUAAAGGCGAGUAUGAAGUACAGUAUGCAGACGAUAUUAUGAUUAUUGAGUUGGCAGAUGAUAUUGAGUAUUCGGAGAAUGUUCAGCCCGCCUGUACUGCAAGAGACACAAUUGACAAUGAAAUCGGAACACAAUUGGACUUCUUCGGAUAUGGAGACAACCCACCUGCCGACAUGCCAAAAAGUCCACCCAGAACGAGAAACGAGAUACUUUUGCUGCAUCACAAAACCUAUGUGUCGCAUAUGGUCAAAGAUGGCUAUCAAUUCAGUAUGGACUCGAGAAUCUUUGCGACGAAAAGUGUGAAAAUGAAUACGAUCGCGUGUCCGGGCGACUCUGGUGGUGGUGCAAUCAGAAAAAUUGAUGGAAGGAAUACGGUGGUUGGAGUGGCUAUGCGAGGUAGUUGUGAAAAAAUGGUACGAGGAAGAGAUGGAUUCGAAAUUCACGCAUCUGUUGGUUAUAAUCAUGAUAAUAUUUGUGAAUCGACUGGAAUUUGUAAUCCUCCGAGACCGGAUUCCAGUCAAUUUAUGAGUUGGAUGCUCGUGUUCAUUGUGGUUUUUAUUGGUGUGUUGUGGCAAGAAAAAUGA